AUGGUCCGAGCUUUGGCUUUGGCUCUGGCCUUUUCUGUGGCCCGAGCGCAGAACUGGCCCGCCUGUCAGGAGCAAAACACUGUGAUCCGAAACGCGGGAAAGGCGCUCUUCACGAACCUGCAAGGUUACGGCGCAGUCAUCGGCUGCUUCCUCGACGAUUGCAUGAGCAGCGACAAAUUCGUGGCCAACGAGAUCGAGUCCUGUGCAAAGGUGUGCUUCUCCUUGCCUGAGUGCACUCAUUGGGUGUGGGGAACCGAGGAGGGUGAGCAGAAGUGCUGGUUCCGAACCAGUGACGAUGGAAGGGAAGCAGGCGAGGGCUGGAUCUCCGGGUCGAAGAGUUGCUACCCACCCGGUACGACAGUGUUACCCUUGGGCAACUCCGAGUGUUGGGCCGAGGGCUUCGGCUAUGAGAACUGCUGCGAAGCGAAGUUCGGGCCCAACGGCAAUGCCCAGUGCUGGGAUGGCGUCUACAACUACGACCGCUGUUGCUUCCCAAAAGAGGAGCUUUAG